GUGAGCAGCUAACCUGUGCUGUUAGGAAACGUGCUGGGGUCUCUGUGUUCGCCGCGGAAAUGUUCAAAACAGAGGAACUGAGAGCUUCUGUCUGUGAGCGACUGAAUGCUGCAGCUGAAGAGAUUUUCACUAUCUUUGAGAAAACUCUUCAGGACUAUGAGCAGACUCUUUUGCGCUCAAAGAUAAAGGACGAACAACAAAGACUGGAAGAGUGGAAAGCCCCCCAGCAGCUUUGUGUCCAGGAAGACGAUGCUCCCUCUGUGAAGGAUCACUGUGCGAGGUCUGAUGUGUGUGAGAAAGACCAGGAGCCACCUCAGAUAAAAGAAGAAAGAGGGGAGCAACUGUGGACCGCCCAGAGCAGUGAAAAUCAGGAUGAGGCUGAUGCCAAAGACUCUGUGUUCAAUAUAAUUUAUGUGCAAAGAUGUGAUGAAGAAGGAAAACAGAUCACAAAUCCAAACCAGUGCUUUCAAAAUAAAAGAGACAGUCUGCCUGGUGAGCAGUUAAAAUCAGAUCCUGAGAGAGAUGGUUUUUGUGUACCCAAGCCAACAGGAGACUGCCAGAAGCGUGGAUUAAGUGAUGAUGAAUGGAGAGUCUCUGGAGGAUUUAACCCUGGUGGUAAGACUAAGAAAUUACAACAAGCUAGUGAGAUAUCAGACAGGCCGCACACCUGCAGUGUUUGUAACAAAACCUUCAGGAUUAAAUCUAUCCUGACUCGCCAUAUGAAGACACACACAGGAGAAAAACCGUACAGCUGCAGCAUUUGUGGCAAAAGCUUCAUCCAGCGCUCAUACCUGCGGACUCACAUGAACUCCCACUCUGGACAGAAGCCACACAGAUGCCGCAUUUGUGGCAGAGGAUUUACACAAGUCGGAAACAUGAAUGCUCACAUCAGAAUCCACACGGGAGAGAAACCUCACAGCUGCUUUGACUGUGGAAAAAGAUUCAGAGAGAAGGCAGAUCUUACCAAGCACAGAAUAAUUCACACUGGUGAGAAACCCUUCAUCUGCACUGUGUGUCAUAUGAAAUUCACGUCUCAGUCUAAUCUGACACGACACAUGAAGACGCACUCAGGGGAAAGGCCUUUUAGCUGCACGACCUGUGGGAAAAGAUUCAUCAGGAGAUCCCAUUUAAUCAGUCAUAUGAAGACUCACACAGGAGAAAAUCUAUAGACUGGAUAUUGCUCCAUGGUAUUUAUUUUAAUUACUUAUAAAACAAUGUGAGUGUAGCAGUGUCAUUUUUACCUUGUCUGAAAUGCAUCUAAUCAUGUGCAAGUCUUUUAUUUGACAAGUUGGUCAUGUAUUGUUUUGCUAUAUUCUAAUUAUUCAAUUAGUUUACGUGCAAAAGAAAUGUACCAAAUUUGGCCAAAUACGUUUAUCAAAGAAAUAAAGCAAGAGGACAUUUUGACCUUGUAAAUUAUUUUAAGUUUGUCACUGAUGCCUGUAGAAUAUUGACAGAGUAUUCAAAAAUUUCUUUAAUAUAACUUUACUCCAUCAAAAAGUAAGUAAUAGUAGCUAACUCUGUUUUCUACCCUCCUGGUGUAUCUCAGCCCAGAGUAACUUUAAUUCUUCAAAAGAAAAAAUCUUGAAGGUAAACUUCAUUCAGAAAUAUUCUGAAACCGACACUUGGAUCUCAUGUUAUGGGUAUGUAUGCAUGUAUUUAUUGACAUGAUCUCCCAGGGUAGAUAUAAAUGCAGGUAUUGUGAUAUAUUGUGAAGUAAUCAGCGUAAUGUCAAUGUUAAAAACUUGCACUAUGGUGAAACUUGAGCCUAGCUCUUCAUUAUAGAGAUCCUGCCACUCCAUGGAACUAAAGUAGAAUGGCAACAACAAGUUGUCACUCUAUUUGGUUGUGACCAGUUCCUUUUGGUUGCGACCCCACUGCAAAUGUCAUGCUGCUGCCCGAGGGCUAGUGAAGGCCUUUUGUGUUGUUUUAAGAAAUUCUAUUUUUAUCUGAACGUAAAAGACAGAAAUGAAAUGCGUGAUAAGGUGUUUCUUAUUAAUGUACAUAGGGGCAGAGAAACAGUCAUAUACUUUGGUUUGUAAACUUCAUUCAUAA